CCGGCGAGCGAGCAGCCGGCGCCGUCCGCCUGCAGCCCCAGCCAGGCCCCGCCGCCAGCCGCAUCCCCGCGCCGAAGCCGGGCCGAGCCGAGCCGAGCUGGGUCGGGCCCGGGCCAUGCUGCUCACCGUGUACUGUGUGCGGAGGGACCUCUCCGAGGUGACCUUUUCCCUCCAGGUCGACGCCGACUUCGAGCUGCACAACUUCCGCGCGCUGUGCGAACUCGAAUCCGGCAUCCCCGCAGCCGAGAGCCAGAUUGUCUAUGCUGAAAGACCUCUCACCGACAACCACAGAUCACUGGCUUCUUACGGCUUGAAAGAUGGAGAUGUUGUGAUUUUACGACAGAAGGAGAAUGCGGACCCUCGACCUCCGGUGCAUUUUCCAAACUUACCCCGAAUAGACUUCCGUAGUAUAGCUGUGCCUGGCACGUCAGGCUCCCGGCAGCCGCAGCCGCAGCCCCCGGGAGCACAGCAGCCCCACUCAUCUCCCGGAGACAUAGCUUCAUCCCCUCAGGGUCUGGACAAUCCGGCCUUGCUCCGAGACAUGUUGCUGGCCAACCCCCAUGAGCUGUCCUUGCUGAAGGAACGCAAUCCGCCCCUGGCAGACGCUCUGCUCAGCGGAGAUCUUGAGAAAUUUUCUAGAGUCCUGGUGGAGCAGCAGCAGGACCGAGCCCGGAGAGAGCAAGAAAGGAUCCGUCUCUUUUCUGCUGAUCCUUUUGAUCUUGAAGCUCAGGCCAAAAUAGAAGAAGAUAUAAGGCAACAGAACAUUGAGGAAAACAUGACAAUAGCUAUGGAAGAGGCUCCGGAAAGUUUUGGCCAAGUAGUGAUGCUUUAUAUUAACUGCAAAGUGAAUGGACAUCCUGUGAAAGCCUUUGUUGACUCAGGCGCCCAGAUGACUAUUAUGAGCCAAGCCUGUGCAGAAAGGUGUAAUAUAAUGAGGCUGGUGGAUCGUCGGUGGGCAGGGAUCGCUAAAGGAGUAGGCACCCAGAAGAUUAUUGGAAGGGUCCACCUAGCUCAGGUUCAAAUUGAAGGCGAUUUCCUGGCGUGCUCCUUCUCUAUACUCGAGGAGCAGCCCAUGGACAUGCUUCUGGGACUGGACAUGCUGAAACGACACCAGUGUUCCAUUGACCUCAAGAAAAAUGUACUGGUGAUCGGCACCACAGGCUCGCAGACCACCUUCCUUCCCGAGGGAGAGCUACCAGAGUGCGCCCGGUUGGCAUAUGGGGCCGGGCGAGAGGAUGUGCGGCCAGAGGAGAUAGCAGACCAAGAAUUAGCAGAAGCCCUUCAAAAGUCCGUACAGGAUGCAGAGAAAAGCGGUAAAGAAACUACCUCACUGGGAAUGUCAUCAUUACCAACUUCAGAUGGAUGUAGCCAUCCCGCCCGUCCUCCAGGGCAGAGUCCUGAGAUUGGUAACCCUGCGCGUCUUGCUCACUCUGUCUCUGCUUCCGUCUGCUCUAUCAAGCCCAGUGACCCAGACAGCAUCGAACCCAAGGCUGUGAAGGCUGUCAAGGCUUCGGCUGAAUUCCAGAUAGCCUCUGAAAAGAAGGAACAUCUUCCUCUACAGGAACCUGCUGAUCGUGCAUCUCCAGCAGACCAGAGUCCAGCCAUGCCUUUGCAGAAUUCACCCGAAGAAGCCAUCGUCGUAGAUAACCUGGAGAGAUCUCCUGCUGAAAGAAGCACCCAGGGCCUCAAGUCUCAUCUCCACACCAGACAGGAAGCUAGUUUGUCUGUCACAACUACUAGGACGCAAGAGCUUCAGAGGUCCCUGGGUGAAAAGGGUUGGCAUCCGGAGUGGCAGAAUCUGAGUCAAGCGAAUGGCCGUCAGCAUGAAGACCCAGGGGACGGAGGGCAUGAGGUUGUGCAGCAGAAUGCUCCACGUGACCAAGAACAUCUUUAUAACACAGGGGACCUUGAACUUCACGGAGAAGGGCAACAGAAUCAACCAAAAAGCGUUGACGUGGAAGCUACAAUGAAAGGAGACAGGCUACAGCAAAACGUGGACCUUCCAGAUACACAGAAAAAUAUUCUACCUUCAGGAUGCUUCGACUGCUCAAAUUCAGAAACACUUAUGGAAGUAGAUGUAGUUGAACAGUCCCUGGUGGCUGUGCUUAAUUCAGCAGGCGGUCAGAAUGCCAACGUCAAGAACAUUGGUGCAGCUGAUCUCGCCUUAGAUAACCCCUUGAUGGAAGUAGAAACAUCAAGAUGUAUCCCUUCACCUGAAAUUUUGAGUAAUUCUAUUUCCACUCAGAAUUUGCAGCUCUCUGAAAGGGAUGCUGAAAUGUCUGGAACAAAUAAAGAAUAUGGGACUUGCUCCCCCUCGUUAAGUCUCUGUGGCGGCUGUCAGCCCUCUGUGGAGUCAACAGAGGAAUCUUGCUCAUCCAUAACAGCAGCCUUGAAGGAACUUCAUGAACUUUUGGUCAUUAGUAGUAAACCAGCUUCAGAAAAUACAUCUGAAGAAGUUACCUGUCAAUCAGAAACAGUAACUGAAGUCCAAACAGGUGUUGAGGACCUUUCUGAAAGAUGGACCCAAAAUAAGCAUCUUCCAGCUACCCAGAAUGAACAGUGUUCACAAGUCUCCUUUCAUCAGACCAUAUCUGUAUCAGUGAAGACAGAAAAAUUAACAGACUCCUCAACAGGCACCGGAAUAGAAGAUGUAGAAAGUAUUAACUUCAAGGAUCCAGGGGAUGGCCUGUUAACUGAUAAGGAAGGUGUCCCCACGUCUAGGGAAUCAGUAAACAAGAGCAGUUCUGUCACUCUAGCCUCUGCCAAAACGUCAAAUCAAUUACACUGCACCUUAGGUGUAGAAAUUUCACCCAAACUUUUAGCAGGUGAGGAGGAUGCACUCAACCAGACUUCGGAGCAAACUAAGUCCUUGUCAUCGAAUUUCCUGUUGGUUAAAGAAUUGGGUCAGGGCACACAGAACCCAGUGACAGACAGGCCUGAGACCAGAGAUGAUGUCUGUCCCGAAGCAGGAGGGCCACGUCUUGAAUUUGAGCCACCUGCCAGCUGUCCAUCACCAAGUCCCUCCAUUCUUCCACCAUUAAUUUUUCCUGCUGCAGACAUUGACCGGAUUCUCCGCGCCGGCUUUACUUUGCAGGAAGCUCUUGGGGCUUUGCAUCAAGUUGGUGGAAAUGCAGACCUUGCACUUCUUAUGUUGCUAGCAAAGAACAUUGUAGUUCCUACGUAACCAUGGAAAAGUGGGCUAGACCGUAUUCCAUUCCCUUAAAAAAAAAAAAAGAAGAAGCUAUAUAUACACACACUCACCACAAAUACAGUAUAUGUAGAAACCUGCGAGCAGAGUGUUGAGCCAGAUUUUUUUUAAAGAUUUUUUUCGGCCAAAGUAAUUUAUGAUCUCUUGUCUAAUGAAUCUGUCUCUUCUAUUUGUUAAAUUGUGGGCCUUUUUAAAUGUAUUGGCAGUAUGUGCAUACAAAAGCUUUUUAUUCUCAUUAAGAUGAUGGAUUCUGGAAUAAAAUUGAUGGUUUUCUGUAUAAUGUACCAUUUUAGAAUGAGAGUGAAUGCUUUGAACAGCAGAAGCCAUGAGAAAUCCCACCACCGGUGCAGCCGAGAGCUGAGCCAUCUUCACACUUAGGCCGCGUCUGUGCUAUAGGCAAGUAUGGCUUGUCGAUUCAGUUGUCAGUUUACAAACUUCUGACCACGUGGUUUGGUGUUUGGAAUUCCACCCAGUGCUCUGUGUAUCCUGAUCCAUCUGUUAUAACGAACUGAAGAACUGAAGAAUAAUUGAAUAAUAUCUCUUAGAGUGGUAUGUUGUUAUGCAUGUGGUUAGGAUUUGACAUUUUAAAGGGAUGAGUCAGGAGGAUUUAAAACUUGGGUUACUUUGUACCGCACAGGCUGCUGCGUGGAUUGCCAAAUAUCUUGGAUGGGAUACUGUGGGGGAAUUAACAUUAGAUGGAAACAUGGUGCUACCCAGAUUUAAAAACAAAACAAAACGCUGUAAUUCCAUUUGCAAAUGUCUUGGUGAUGUUUCAAGAACUGAGUGGAAAAUCAUGGCCUAAACCACUGGAAUUUACUAGAGAUUCGGUUUGCUAGCAUCUCACCGAUCACACCUCAAUCCUUCAUGACUAAUGAUGAACUUAAGUUCCGCUAAUGGGCUGGUUGCCAGCCGUUUAUUUCCCUUGAAACUCGCCUUCUAUUAGAAGUUCUAAAACUCAGUCUGAGCUGUGAUCUGAGUGACAUGUUGAGGUGUGAACCUUGUCACAUGGGUUCAUCUUGGUGCUUGAAAUGGUCAGUCUGUUUGGUGAGUGCCCUUCGUGGCAGUGGAAAUAGUAAUUGCAGUUUUUGACUUAAGUGGCCUUGGUAGCGUUUUCCAUCCCUUUCUUUCCUCAGGAGUUUCUUUUUUUAAACAAGGUUCGUCAUAUUUGUGUUUACCAUGUCAAGUUAGAGUGGGGCAUAGUAUAUAGAUGUAUUUAUUGUGGCCUUUUUUUAUAUGAGGACUAGCCCUUGGAAAUCAUUGUCCUGUGGGCCCCACUGUGCAAUAAUCCUACUGGAUAGAUUUUAGAUAAUUUUUUUCCUUGGGGGAAAAAAAACCCUGCUCUCUUAUGUACCUAGUAGGAAUCUGAAAUCUUGGUUUUAUUGAAAAGAAUUUUGAGUAUGAUAAUUCCCAAUACCAGGUUACAGUUUGCAAUGUGUUUGAAACAUAACCUUUGAGAGGGUGAUUUGUGAACGUAGUGUUACAUGAUUUUGUCUAUAAAGUCUGACUCUGAAAGCUUAUUUUUUCCAUAAAAAUUCAAGUCAUUUAGCACAAUCAAAAUGGAGGCUCAUAUCUCAGGAGUUUUUGAGAUUUUAAUUUGAGGCACUUAAAGACAUUUCUCCCCUAUUUCAUCUCCUUUCUUUUUGGCUACGGGGGGGUGUGGGGUGUGUGUGUGUGUGUGUGUGUGUGUGUGUGUGUGUGUGUGUGUGUGUGUGUGUGUGUGUGUGUGUGAUGGAGACUUCAGUAAUGUGAUGGAAAGUCACAUAGAUCCAUCAUGAUCCUCUGAAGUUAGGAAAUGGUUGACGGGAGUUGCAGUUCAAUGUUUUCAAGAGGGCGCUCAGAACAACACGUUAGCCAGAUUGUCUUUAAAACGUUCUUUGAGACAAUCACACGUUGCAGACCCCUUUGCCUGCCCUACACCAAAGAUGUAAGAUGCACUAGGAAACUGCUUAUAGGAUUUCUGUCAACCGUCUCUUAGAGCUGUGAUUGUAAUUAAGUAGCUGGUGCUAUGAUGGAAGCAAAAUCUAGUGGCAAUGCAGUGGGCCCCUGUAUUUGCUUUAUGGGUGGCGAUUGCGAAUUUAUUCUAAGCUUAUAAAUCUUUAGGGCCAGGGAGUGGGAUCACUGUUGGGUGGAGGAACUUACCAGUGACAGUGGACCCCUCCGAAAAGGCCUGUGUGCAGAUAGGCUGUGGGAUUUUCUAUGUGAGCAGGUGGCAUACUCCACUCAGAGGCCCGGCCACUGACUUCACAAGGUGGAGAUUGGGUAAUCAGCCCCAGGAGGAGUAGGGGAUAUCAGUCCGGAAAAGGUUUCAUUGCAAUAGCUUUUUUAUGUGUAUGUAUAUUUAUUUGGAGGAAAAAAACUGAAUAGGCCUCUAGUUGUACAUGUGUCCUUGUUAGGAAUACUUUAAAUGAGCUUAACCCACUUGCCAAAUAUCCUUGUCCUUUUCAUCAUUUAUUUUUCAAUGUAUAAUUGCUGUUGAUUUUUAAGAUCUUAUUCCCUGUCCAUCAAGUAAAACUGUUGAUAUUGUUAGGGUUUUGAAUCAUUUUUAAAUUCAGCAGUUCUAGAGCACAAAGGGAAUUAAGGAACAUGACACUAGUGAACCUUCAUUGUCAGUUUUUAUUCAAAGUGCAGAAAUCAGAGAUUAACUUCUCCAAGAAGAAGAUAAAAUCAUCGCGAAACUCGUUGCCAACAGAGCUGAUAGCGGCAUGCCAGUAUAAAGGGCCACUUCACUGGACAGCUCCUUUGCCAUAACCAGCACUGGACAGCUCUCUGGUUGGCGCUUACCCCCAAGGGUGCUCUCAGUUUAUUCACCAAAGAGAGGAGAAGGUUUUUAAAUAUAACUUCUGCAUUUUCCCUGAAGUUGGUUCCUGUGUGUGAGAAUGUGCUUGGUAACCAGACAGCUAUAUCUAGGCUCUAGAUUUUGCCCAUUGAAGCUGGUAAGAAUUCUUUCCGUUUGUACCUAUUCAGGCCUCCAGACAUCAGCCAAUAGCCUUUAUCCCACAGUUUGGGCUUCCGCUGUAAAUAUACAAAGAUAUCAGUUGUUUGGCAAAGGGAAGCGGAGAGAUGGGAUGUGUUAAAACUAUUUUUUGCCUUGAAGCCUACAGAACUUUCUAGAGCUCCUUAUCUCCAUAGGUACUAAAGGGAGACAAACCCCAUGUGGUUUUUUUUCCCAAAGCAUUUCUCCCUCUUGCUUUGGAACAAUACAUGAGACUUUGUGUUGCUGAUUUUAUAAGAACCAGUUAAAGUGGAAUCUGCCUGUGCUUCCCUUAGCACUUCUAUCUCUAGUAAAAGCCAUAAAAAUUUAAUUGGUUUACCCAUCAGCUCAUGUGUGUGUGUGUGUGUGUGUAUGUAUGUAUAUAUAUAUGUAUAUAUACACACACACGUGUGUGAUUGACAGAUAUCCUACAGUUAAUUUUACAUAGUUUAAAAAGCAAACCAUUUUUUUAAACACUUUUCGUAUCUACAGAUGUAUUGUUCAUUUGUGGUGGUUUUUAUCCCACCAUGUAUAUAACAAAACAGCCUUGCAAAUAACUGGCCAGAAGAGUUAUGGUGCGUUCCAAUUUCCUUUUCUACUGUUUGCCACCCGCUGUAAACAGGAUAAUUGAACUGUUACAUAUUUCAAACUUGUUACCACUGGUAGCAUAUCAUAAGAUAUCAUGGAUCAUGCAUUCUGCUAUUCUCUACCAAAAAGCCAGGUUUCUCCUUUGAAUUUGGUGUCUUAGUGUAUAGUCUGUGGCUGAACAAGAAAGAAACAAGCAUUAUCAAGAGCUUCCCUUCCUAGAAGAUGACCAUUAACCUCUCAUGUUAGGAGUUCCAUAAAAUAGCUUUUUCUCUGAAAGAAGUAAACAAAGUAAAUUCUUAAAGUAAAUUGAAAGGACGUCCUUGAGAACUGGAAAUGUAAACUCGUAACUCAAAUUCUAGACCUUCAUGGUCCCUUGUUAGGUGUCACUAGGAGGAGUUCAUUGAAAAAACUGAGGAACUUAGGGGGUGAACCUUUGAUAUGCUUGACUUUCUCUUGUGCCUUAGUUUCUCCAGAUAGCAGAGGCAUCAAAUUUUGGUGGGGAAUGAAUGUGGAAAGUAUCAAGGGGGAAAGUGUAAAAACACCCUGGAGAUAGAGGCAUGCAUGGAAUGGUCUUAAGGCUCACCUUUAUUCAUCCAGAAUCAUUCUGCAUCAAAUCAUUAGAUCUCCACAGACAGAAGGGUGAUAAUAUGGCUUUUUUUGCAUCAGGAGCACUAAAAAAGAUGGUUUCUAGAUGUUUAUUAUGUUCUUUGUUGUACUGUCAGCAUGGUGGUGGUUAAGGAAGGGAAGAAGUUCUAGAAAAUCAGCUGUUUGCACAGGAAACCACCGGUACUCUUGAAGGCUGUGCUGUCCGAGCCUGAACAGGAAUUCAUCGGUUCAUUCAUCAGGCAUAAUCACCUGUGUGCAGGUACUGAUGAGCCCUGGGGAUACAAGGGUGACAAAACAGCCUGGCAGCCUGCCCUCGCAAAACUCUCAGCCUAGUAGGGAGACACGAAACAAAGUUUUGCUUCAAGAGCAAGAACUGUUUUUGCCUAUUAGCAUGCUUUUAUUUUAAAAGUCAUACUAGAAUGAUUUGAUUCAAAUUCAGGGGAGAUGGAAAAUCAGGCUCAAAAUUGAUUUAGAUGUGUGAAUCUACAAUGCUCUAGAAAAUGAAAUCUUUUUUCAAAAUGGAAUCAGAGAAACCAAUUUUAAAAAUCAACAUUUGGUAGAAAUACUUGAAGAAAUAAGGUAUUCAGAAAUCAAUUUAUUCUGUGGAUGGGUGGGGGGGCAGCAGGGUAGAAGUGCAAGUAAAUGGAAGGUGAUCCUAAAUAUACCCCAGGGAGAAGCAGCUUUCCCUUCCAUCGGGACCUCCUUCCAUGCAGGGUGGAGAUACGAGUGUGCUUGGCACCCUCCCCGCUUCCCCGUUGAGCAUGGCCACCCUGGAAUACUGACCAUCUUGGCCAACAGGACUUAGCAGGGGAUUCUGCAGCUGAGUGCAAGAUGUGAACAUGGGAAUCUAGAGCAGAAAAUGGAACAAGCGAGGGUCUGGGACUGGAUGGUGGGCAGAAUUUACAAGAGGAUUCAAGGCCAUCUCAAAUCUUUUCAAUAGGACAGCUCCCUCAAAAGGACAUUUAAAGUGUCAUCAUUAAUGUUGUAAUCCUGAGGCAUACAGGGAGAACCCUGGACCUUACCUACGGAUGACUCACAAGAUUCACAACGAGAAAGCUCAAGGCUUAUCAGUUAUGUAUUGGUGAUUGGGAAUCCGGACCCUCUGGGGCUGUAGGGUCAAAGGAUAUAGCUGAUGUUUUAGGGCACAAUCUCGUGGAAUGAAACCUACAGAGGGAAUGGUUGAAGGAUGUAGGAGUUAGAGAAUAUUUCUUUAAAAAGCUAAGCAAACUAUGGAAGACCGGGAAUGGGGGCGUGGAAUACGAAAUUAGAUACUUACAGAACUGAAUUUCUUUCAAUAUGUACCAUAAGGUUUUCAUUAGCUGACUUGGGGAAAGGGCAUGCUGGGAUAUUUUUUCCUGGGAAACUACGUGUCUGAUGGGAAAUGAUGUUCAUCAGGAGUUUGUUUUACACACAGCCGUGAAUGAAUGCAUCUGUGGCGUAAAGAAAGGCAGACCUCUAUUAAUUUCCUACCAGAUGGUCAGAUUGGUUUAUUUCCAGAUUCCUUUGGUCUGAGAUUACCUGAUGCUGACCAGACUUCUUUUUCCUUUCCUCAAGGCCCUGUAGCUUUCUUGAGUUUAUGUCACCAUCUGAGACUUUUCCCUCUGAAUGACUGUAUUUCCAUUCUCUGUUCUCCUAAUCAUCCUUUUGAAAUAAUUCUGGUGAUACAUUCAGAGCAAUUCAAUAUACUGAUUGCAUUGGCUUUUUUCACUGUGCACCUAUGAUGAAAACUGAUUUGCUCAUUUAAUGCAAAAUCUCAUCUUCAUGGCAAAUUGGGCCAAUGGCCUUUGCACUCAAGUAAGGUUUGUUUACCAGUUUUGUAGCCAUGUUUGGCACAUCUUAGCAAAUAGAAACUCCCUCUUUUCCCCCUUAUUUGUUCUUGCAAUUGCUGAUGUAUGCCUUCCUGACUUUAUGCUUUGAGACUACUGCAUCUUAACAAGAACUGGGCUGAUUGGCAAAAUAGGAUUGCCAGUAGCUCAGUCCCUCCCAUAAUGCUUUGGUUUUGAGAGUUGGAAAACUCUGAGAACUUAAGGGAACCAAACUCAGGAAUCCCAAAGUUGGUUGCAUUGUGCCAUUGGUUUAGGGGCUGGACAUAGGACCUGUCUGCAGCUGAGUGAACUGGAUGCAUUUGGGUUUGAGUUGUUGUCACAUAAUGAAAUGUAAGUCAGCCCUAAAUAAUCAAAACACUUUAUUUUAUUUUUCUUUUUUUAAUAGGAACUUUCUGAAGAAAAGUGAUGUGUAAAACAUUUGAUAUUUAAGACAAUAAAGUUUUUAUCAUAAGA